UCUUUAAGUUUUUGUAGCAGAUACCAUUUUGAUAUUUUUCGAUGGACUUCUGAACUUGGAUCCUUCCUCUGGCCCCGCUUGUUCUUUCAAUCAAAUAAAUCAUAUAUAUAUAUAUAUAUAUAUAUAUUUUUUUUUUUUCGCUUGUUUCAGAAUAAAAUUAUCGGAAUUGAAACGAAAAACUUUGUGAGAUAUGAGUUUUCCUGAUUUGCGCUCCCCGUUUAUGCCGUCUCUUGGACCUCAGAGUGCGUGCAGUGGUGCUUCAGUUGGUCUCUGUCCUCAUCAAUUCCCCAUCAACGAUGAUUUUCAAGGCCAAGGUCCUCCCUUCAAAAGACUCAAAACCUCCCGUUCAAAUUCUCUCUCAGAAAUUCAUUCAAAUUCUUUGUUUUACCCAUCUAUGAGCAAUCAUUCCCUAAUUAAUUGCUGGCCUCAAUUUCCAACCAAAAACGAAGACCAACAUCCUCAAUUUGAACAUCAGAUUCUUCCUCCCUUAAAAAAACCCAGAAUUUCUGAAGAAUGCCGUUCAAAUUGUUUGCCUUGCCCACCUGUGAACAACGGCAUGAGCGUUGAUGAUAUUGGUUUCUGGAUCCAAAAUUCUCAAUUUGAACACCCACCUCCUCCAUUCAAGAAACCCAGGAUUUCUGAAGAAACCCAAUCAAAUUCUUUGCGUUACCCACCUCUGGCUUCUUCGAUAAACCCUCCACCAAGUGGCCCAAGCAGCAGUGGGAUUAGAACAGACACUAUCUUCUUCAAGCCCAGUGUGAGUGCGAAAUUCAAAGUGGGUUUGUGCCGGAACGGUGAAAACUGCAACUUUGCACAUGGGAUCGAGGAUAUGCGACAGCCUCCUCCCAAUUCGCAAGAACUUGCUGAAGAUCGAUUGCCAUUGGGUAACUGCGAUGGUGACCAGGAACUAAUCCACUGGAUGAAAAGGUGUAGUUUUAUUCAUGAACAUCCGGCAAAGGUCGGGGACAAACUGGGCGGGUUCAGUCAGAGCAGAGUGUUAGGCACGGUGAAUGGAAGAGGCUGUAAUGGUUCUGAAGGUAAUAGGUCUGUGAAUAAUACCAGUUCAGAUUCAUUGCGAGUAAAUUCCAAUCCUGCAUAUUGGAAAACGAAGUUAUGUAAAAAGUGGGAGACAAGAGGACUAUGUUCUUUAGGAGAGAAGUGUCACUUUGCUCAUGGGCAAGAAGAGUUGCUAGUGCUCCGGUGGACGAAUCGAAGCAGAAGCCAGGAAUAGUUGCUUCUUUCCAGCAACAGCCCAUGUUGUUGGUAAUGGUUCAACUCCAACUGCAAUGAGAGGUGUGGCUAUUGUUGAUGAAGAAGGGAAGACAUAGGGGUGCUUGCCGAUGUGUAAGGUACCCAAGAAGCUCAAUCAAAUCUAUGCAGAUUGGGCUUUAUGAGCUGAAGCUGGUGAACAACUUACCAAGCAGAAGUAGAUAGCUGCGUUUGGGUUGAAGUUAAAAUGGUUGGAGACUUUGAGUCUUCUUCCUGGUGGUCAAGCUAUUUCCAAGGCUUCUACUGCCUACAAGAUUUUGUGUCAUGUUCUGUUUCUGUUUCUGUUUCUUAGUUCAUUGUCUCACAAAUUGGUACAUUGCAAAUUGACUAAAUAGGGAAAAGUAAAAAUGCGUUAUAUAAAAUUGCAAUUUGGAACUAUGGUAGUUGUUAUAAUAUUCAACAAUGUCAAUAUUCAAAAGAAAGCAACAUAUUUUAUUUUUAUUUUUUGAAAUAUGUACCA